CGAUAUAUCUGAGAGAUCGAGAGAAAGUGCAGUGCAGUGACGUGGUUAAGAUGGUUGACGUGCGGGAGGAUUGAAAUGAAUGAAUGGCUUCGCUGUGGCUUCCCAUUCUUUACUGCAUUUUGUACAUCUGUACCGUGUUGGUCAACAAGUAUGUGCUGUGGGUCCUUGGAUUUACCUAUCCAACCCUCUUUCAAGGUUGGCAAACCCUUGUUGGGUUUCUGGUGCUUCGAUUUGUUGCUUCCCUUGGUCACAUUGAGCUUAGCAGCAACAUCAGUUCAUCUGCAUACUUUCAAUGGCUUCCUGCAAUGGUUCUGUUUGUGUGUGGGAUCUAUUCAGGAUCAAGGGCACUUGCAAGAUUGCCAAUACCUAUCUUUCUUUGUCUUCAAGGACAAGUGGAGGUGAUAACAUCAAUAGUAGCUGCCUUAAUUCAUAAACAGAAUCCCAAGCCACAGGUAGCUUGUAGUUGGCUAAUUAUGACUGCUUCUGGUAUUACAAUAUGGCUGACAGAUCCACAGUAUGACCAGAAUGGCUACAAGUGGAUGUUUCUACAUGUCAUUGUUUCAAGUCAAAGUGCAAUAUAUAUGAAAUGGCAGAAAACAUUUCUUAUGAAUGAUGUAGACAGACUUCAUUGUAUUUAUGCCUUCAGUGUCUGUGUCUUUGCUCCAGGCAGCUUUAUAUUAGGUGAUCUUAUGUCUUCAUCCAAUUUUCGCUUCUGGUAUAUGCAUCACUUCUAUGUAGGCUGCUUGAUGAGUGGUAUCUUAGGAGUAACCUUAGCUUUAUGUCAUCUGUACAUGAAGCAUGUAUUUCCAGACUUUGUUCUCUCUCUCACCAUCUCUGCAUCCAAGAUCUUGUGUGUGGUUAUUUCUACUCUCAUCUACCUCACAGUUUUCAAUACUCAUUUUUUCCUAAGCAUAUUCUUUUGCCUUGCUGGUCAGCUUAUCCACUCCAUUGCAAAGCAUGAUGGGAGUGUCGACAGGUUAUCCAGUAAUAUUGACGAUGAUGAUCUGAUGGGGCCUAAACUGGAAAAGGAGCAAGCAUAGUCUAUGUUUGGUCAUUGUCACACGCACAACUUGCCUUAAAGUCAGUAGCUAUUCUAGUACCUUGGAUGAAGCCAGUAGUUUGCCAUGUUUAGUAGUAAGAUGUUCUUUAUUGCAGCUGUCUUCAUUUUGUGUAGUUGUCAUUUGAGUUCCAUCCUUAAGGAUUUGUUUAAGCUGGAUUAAAAAGUACACAUGAGAUGUGGACAUUUUUCCUUGUGUUUCAGUCAAAUUGGGACAUUUUUCAUAUUAGCGGAUUAACAGGGUGUUGCAAAAAACAUGCAAUUGAUUGUGAGCCAAUUGUAGGGCCCAAAAUCAAUUGAAAGUCAUGUACUUCAUUGUAAAUUUGCGAUUGAUUGAUGGUUCUUCUCUUGCAUCAAGAAAUAUAAAUCGAUUUGCUGUACUUAAUAUUCAUUUAUCACUUGUAAAUUUGCAUCUAAAAUUUUCAAUUGAUUGCCAUUAUUUUCUUACAACACGACCUAAAUGCAAAAUUAGUUUAAUAAAAUGCUUCAUAAAGUCAAUUUUAUAAUAGUGUUACACUAACUCUGAUAUAUUGUUAAAAUGACACCUGGCUCUUCUUCAUAUCAUUGUUACAUGUAUUCAUGAAGUCAUGUAUUUCUUUUCCCACUGCUUUAUAAAAGAAUUCUCAAUACCCUGUAUCUGCUUUUAGUAAGAAAUUAUCAUAAAUAAUCAAAAGAACAAAUAUUUGCAUUUGAUUGACUUAGAUUUAUCAUCUUUUAACUCAUAAUGUCAAUAAGCAUCGUAAUGAAAAUAAUUAAGUUUGAAAAUGCACAUUGGCAAUUUUUUGUUGAGAUUUUAAAUUCCAAUGCAUGUUAUAUCCAUAUUUACUUUGUUCAAAGUAUGGAAAUGCAUAUAGGAUGUUGCCAAUUUGGGGAUCAAUGGCAGAUUGAACUCGACCUAAUGAGAGAUUUGUAUCUGUAUGGGUUAAAAAAAUAUGAGAAUUAUUGAUAAAAGCAUUUGUGAAACAAGGACCUUGCAUUUAUAAGAGUUCUUAUUUUGGAUUAUAGGGUAGUUGGUCUUAAAAAAUUAAAAAGAUCUUGAGAGUAGCUUUGAAUAAGUUUACACCAGUUCCUCUUGACUGCUAGAUUUGUUUUAUCAUGUCAUAUUAAAACAAUUAUCCUCUUCCCUUUAUUUCAUUUUUAUCAAUUUAAGAAACUUAAAGGUUGAUGCCUGGGCCUUGAUCAUCAGUGCGAAUCUAUUGCAUAUAGUUGUAUAAUUCUUAUAUGAACUCUCUAGUCUAUGGUUAAGCAUUGCUAUACAUGCAUAUUGGCAAAAAGAAACUGCAUUUAUCACAUAAGAUAAUUUAUAAGAUGGCAAUGUAAUAUACUCUAUGUUUUUUUGAACAUCGUAGUAUAGGGUUGAGUAAUAUAUGUACAUUUAGUAAUUAUGUAUAAUACUGUACAUAGCAAUAUGGAUGGACAUUGUUCUAUACUUAUCUCAAAUAUUUUUUAUACAGAGAAUUGCAUUUAUUUAUAGAGAUGUACAUGUACUGUAUAAGCUGGGAUGCUGGACGCCGUUUCUGACAAAAUAAUCAGUUUUAAAUGUAGAAAAUUACAAAUUUUUUGCACUGCCUGUUAUAUUUGUCAGAUGUAUAUCAGUUUUUAUUUUUCAAGUUUGACUUAUUCAUUGCUUUUGCUACCAGUUUAUUGCAACUUAUUAUUUAGGGAAAAAUUAUUUUUCUUUGAGAAAUGUAUAUUUUUUAAAACUAUUCAUUGAUUUUUAUUCUUUAUUUUAAAUUUAUUUGUAGGAAGUUUUGGAGAGCUAACACUAUAAAUGAAUGAAUGAAUCUUUAUUUUGUUUCAAUUCCGAUAUUAAACAACAUCAACAGUAAGUCAUUGCAAUACAAUGGAACAUUAGCAACACCCAUGAGACAAGAUGGAAAUGAAAUGUGACCUACUAAGAAGCUUAGCUUGUGGGCCAUAGGCCACCAGAAUGAUAUACUAGUAAUCUUACAUUAUCAAUGUUUGGGGUUUGAAUCCCACCUUGACACUCGCAUCAUUCGGCAGGGCGUUUAUCUACAUUUGUCACUCUCCACCAGGUAUAGUAAAUGGGUACCCGGUAGGAGGAAAUUCCAUGAAUGCCCGAGCGUCCAAUCAGGGUAGCCUUGCUAAAGCCGGGGUAAUAGUAUGCAGUGCUUCAAAAUAUUGUUUUAAGCACCAUAUAAAAUGUUACCUAUUAAUAUAAUAAUCUUACAACAAAAUCAAACAUCCUCUUUGUAAGAUUCACAAUGAUUAUUUUUAAUGCACCAGAAAUUUGAUAUUGUACUGUGCAAAUAGAAAGGGGAAGAACAUAUUGUAGGGCAGUUUAUUUUUGUUUCUCUAUUUGAAUUAUUUAUUACAUUUAUAUAUUUAUUGUUAAUUUUCAACAUGCUAUGUAAGUGCAUGUUUUGAAUGCAUUUAAAUUUUUGCUAUUCCAUACAUGAAAUGAUAAUUAAUUGAUCAUGGUGAUACCUUGUUCAUUCCAUGUUGCAAUUCAAAUAGAAGGAAGAUGAUGUGAUAUUUGGCAUAUGUACAUGUAGAUACUAGUCACUCAUAUUUGAGCUUUAAUAAUGUCACAUUUUCAUGAAGAUGAUUUGGCAUCAUUCAGUGGUUUACCUGCUGAAAUUCUCAGAAAUACUGCAAGGCUAAAGCCUGUUUAAAACUUUGGAAAAGGUACAAUUAUGUGAAUUAUACUCGGGUAUCAUAGCAUACAAAUCUUACGCGAGAGUAGUAGCCAAUGAAUCCCAAUUAUAACCAUCAAUUCUUUUUGAAAAUUUGAAAGUUUAUAUUUUAGAUGUAUAGGGCAUUCUCUCUGCAAUGUUUUUAUUUUUCUUAAAAAAUG